CUCUCUCUCUCUCUCAUUCCCCAGUCGUCAAAGACCAGCCAUCCUCCAGCAGCUCAGUGAUCACACGCUUUAAUUUCUCCAAAAACACGCAGCGUCGACCCUCAGCCUAAAGAUGUAUCACUCCGACCACAGCGUAGACGUCCCUGACUUAUCCUUCAAUGUCCCAGGAAGCCCUUCAGAACAGGGCCCAGCAAACGGAGUGUAAACCCGUCUGUCAGUGCACCACACCUGGACUUUCACUCAUUCCUGACCCGUCCUUCUUUUUCUUGAACCAUGGAUAGCCCUCCCAAACUGUCAGGUGAAACCCUGAUUGUGCAUCAUAUUCCCCUGGUGCACUGUCAGGUGUCUGGCAGAAGGCAGGGCGGCUGCGGUAACCUGCUGAAGAGGAGCAACCCCUUUAGCCCACCUGAGAACCUGGGGCUGAGUCGCACCACUUCCCUUCCAGAGAGGGAUGUUCUCCAGAGAGAGGCCUUGCUCUACAGCAGCCUGAUCCAGACCUCCAGUGGCUCCUGGUCCCCCCACAACGGAGCAAGAGAAAGGAAGGGCGGCGGGAGAGGAGGCAGCACUGCCAGUGACGAUUCAUCAUUUACCUCAAGCAAUUCAGAGGACCAGCUGAUUACAGCUCACACGUUACCGAGAGCCAAGCCGAGAACAAGGAACCCAUUGCGCCAUAACCCCUUCUUGUUGAAUACCGAGGACGACGAGGAAGAAGAAGAGGAAGACGAUGGUAACAACCUCAGUGGUUACCUUGAGGAUUCGUCUUUUCACCUCCACAGCGACACCAACUCUGUGCUUGAUGAUGGAAUGACUCCCUUCCAUUUGCACGACCUUGGUUUUACUUCUGAGCCAUUUCUUUUACACAAGUCUAUCGGAGGAAGCAGUAGGGAAUCUUUGAGAGGUGUGGUUUCGGAUCUGUCCAGCCACCUGGAGGAUCUGGACAUCUUAGAAUUGGACAGCCAGUAUCGUCACGGAAGCAGCGGGUCCAACAUGUCCAUGGAUUGCAGAGAACAGGACUGGGGCGAUGACGACGAAGAAGAUGAAGAUCACCCAAUGAGGUGUGGCCGAACUAGCAAAACAGGCUCCUACUCUUCGGGCUCUUCCACUCAGCACUGCUCUUGCUGUGCCCUUUCACAGAACUACCCUCAGAAUUUUCCUGAAGCCUUCACUGAGCCAUUCUCAGAGUGUCAGCAAGGCUACGGCAGCGACUCCUCCUCAAACAGCUCCUAUGGCGUGCUCGUUAACUUCAGCGCCAUUUACAACAAAAUGAACAAUGCCAUCCCAGAGAAGCCUCCAUCGUCUGGGCCCACCAAUCUCAACAACUCUACCGACCACUCUUGCACCUCAUCGGUUUCCGAUGCACCAGGAGGCCAACCGGGCUCAACUGGUGGCGCUUUCUAUCUGGACCUCCACACCUCCCCGACAGAACCUCCCCUCUCCCAGCAGCAGCCCUCCUCCCUCUGCAACACGUUUCCUCUCAUACGCGAACCACACUUGUCCACCUCCUCCACCUGCUCCUGCUCCGCAGAGCACCAGGGGGCUCUCGACCUGGACGCCAACUGCAACUCCUAUCACCCUCCUCACUCGGGGUCCUCCGGCGACAUCGCCUCAUGCUUGCAGAGCCAAGCGCGUCUGGUCGUCGCCACCCAAAACUACUACAAGCUGGUCACCUGUGACCUGUCAUCCCAGUCAUCUCCAAGUCCUGCAGGUUCCUCCGCCAACAGCUGCUCGGACGAUCAUAGCAAAGACAGCCCCACGCCGACUCAGCCCAGCGAAUACUUCCUGUUCAGACAGCAAGCUGACGAGGAGCGGGUGGAGGAAGAGGACGAAGAUAGAGAUCGAGAAUCACCUAAACAAUCUGAUGAGAGUGAUGACGAGGACAAAGACAAAGAGACCGAGGAGGCGGACGUCGGUUCGGAGACUGCCCAGCCCGCCAGGAUCAAAGGUCAGGUUUACGUCAACGUCUCCCCGCCCAUGGCCGGUUCAGGUGGGCCCCCCGCAGCCGGACGCCCUCGAUCCCGCAGCUACGACCGCAACCUGGACAAGUCCCCCUCCCCGCGUCUGGGAUCCCUGGAGCGCAUGCUCAGCUGCCCCAUGCGGCUCAGCGAGGGCGCCGCCCCCACGCCUCCUCCUCCCCCACGCGUCACCUCCUUUGCGGAGAUCGCGAGGAGCAAACGGAGGAACAUAGCCCCGGGCGGGUCGCCCUCGCUCAAGUCGGCCACUGACCCUUUCUCCUCGACCUACUCGCACUCCUCGGUGGAGUUCUCCCCCAUCCUGGAGCAGCGUGCCGAGGCGGACAGUCAGAGCCUGUCGCCGCUCCUCUUCACCAGAUGCUACAGCCAAGGCAGCAUCGAGCCCCACCUGGAGGCGGCCAAGGAGACCCGCGCCAAAGUGGAAGGUGGUCUUUCCAGCUCCUCAGACGGCCGCCCGCCGGCGGUGGUGCGCUACAGUAAGGAGCAGCGGCCCACCACCCUCCCCAUCCAGCCCUUCACCUUACAGCACCAGUUCAGCUUUAAGCCCCCCCAGCCCAAGCCGGUGCGGCCGCUGCUCCUGGGCUACGUCUCAGGCAUGCAGGCCCACUCCAGCUCGGGCUCGGGGUCCGGCUCCGGAGAUCUGGCUGAGGACGACGGAGAUGCACCCGAGAACCCGUACCGGAGCGGGCCGGCCCCCGCGGCCCCUCCCCCGGGGUCCGCGGGGUCGGUCCGGCCCUCGCCUCUCGGGAGCUACUCUCCGGUGCGUCUCCAGGGGGCGCCGAACUCGGCGGCCUGUUCCACCUGCACCCCCAGCCCCCAGCCCUCUCACAGCCCAUCCUGCCCCCUGUCGGCGGGCCGAAGCCCCCAGCACACCCCCGCGGGGCAGGGAGGGGGGCCGGCGCCGCUGCCCCCGACACCGCCGCCUUCAUCCUUAGGGGCCAAGCGAGGGGUGGUGCCCCCCACGCUGCCCGCGGUGCAUGCACACUGCUUCCACCGCGGGGGUCUCCACAGCGACACCCUGAGCCCCCUGGGGGGGGCCGACUCCGGGAAGCAUGUGGACGGAGGGAAAGGAGCCGCAGCCAGAACUCACAACGCGCACCACCUCUCCCCCCAGGCUCUCAAAUGGAGGGAGUACCGGCGCCGGAACCCUCUGGGGGUGGAGAGGGUCUCGGCCGGGCCCUCCUCCUCGGGAUCGGGCCCCCUGUCUGGGAGCGUGGAGCUCAGAAGGGGCGGGGGGACAAGACCCGCCAGGCGCAAUGUGUUCGAUUUCCCUCCGACUUAUUCGGCCCACGCACCGGGACGGCUCAACGCGAGUCAAUCGGCGAAGCUGCAGCAGACCUACAGCGACUUCUUGCCGGACUACUUCUCCAUGAUGGAGAAGCCUCCCGAGGAAUUCUGCCUCUCCCCCGACAUCACCACGUCGUCUUCCUCCUGCUCAUCGUCCUCACAGUCGCAGGUCUCCGUCGACCUGGGGCAGAAGAGAGGUUUGGUGAAAGCCGUGAACAGAGCAGUGGAUCUGAUCGUGGCUCACUUUGGCACCAGUAGAGAUCCGGAUGUGAAGGCGAAGCUGGGGAACAGCUGGGUGAGUCCCAACGUGGGCCACCUCAUCCUCAAGUACCUGUGUCCGGCGCUGCGCGACGUGCUGCAGGACGGCCUGAAGGCCUACGUGCUGGACCUGAUCAUCGGCCAGCGGCGCUGCCAGCCGUGGAGCCUGGUGGAGGCCUCCACACAGCUGGGGCCGUCCACACGGGUCCUCCACAGCCUGUUUUCUAAAGUCAGCCAGUACUCGGAGCUCACAAGCCACAGCAUGAGGCUCAACGCCUUCAUCUUCGGCCUGCUCAAUUUGAAAUCGUUGGAGUUCUGGUUCGGUCACCUCCACACACACGAAGACAUCGUGGCGGCUCACUACAGCCCGUGGGGUUUCCUCCCCAUGUCGCACGGGGCGUGCCAGCCUCUGUUUGAGGAGCUGCUCCUCCUGCUGCAGCCGCUGUCGCUCCUCCCCUUCGACCUGGACCUGCUCUUUGAGCCGCACCUCCUCCAGAGGGGCCAGGAGCACCUGCGCCGCAAGGAGCAGCUCUGCUCGGCGGGCCAGAGCGUGGACCAGACCAGCCGCUCCACCUUCCAGCUCAUGAGGGGGUGGAGCACCACGGUCAGGGAGAUGGUGGAGCGGGAGAGGCCGCCGCUCAGGCGGGAGGGGACGUGGCCGAGGAUGGAAGGGGUCGGGUCGAGGAGGGAGGUGCCCGGAGCCAGUUCGAGGAGAGACGGUUCGACCGCCGAAAGCAUGACGGAUGUUUUUGACAGCAGAGGGAUGACGGUGGAAGUAGGGUUCGCUCACACCUGGAAGGACAGAGGAGCGGAGGGGCAGAGGGUGAAGGGUGUGGGUCAGGACAGCCAGGGCGAGGGCGACGAGUCGCAGGACAGGGACAGAAGGAAGGACAGAGACAGGCAGGCCGGCUGGUGGUACCAGCUCAUGCAAUCCUCUCAGAUCUACAUCGACCAGUCCAACGAGGGCUCCAAGUUCGUGAAGGCCGAGAAGAGGAAGAAGUCUUCGGAGAGACGGCAGGGCCAGGCUCCGCCUGCACGGGAGGGGGUGGUGGAGGGGGCCGAGUCGAGCCAGGAGGGGGACGACAGGAACGGCAGCAGCAGCAGCUCCAACGGAGACUCGGCCGGAUCCAGAGGGAGGCCUUCCUGGAUGGGCAGCCCCCCGGAGUCUGUCCUCAACCAGGACAAAGACACCGAUCCUCAGGAAGCCACAGGGGCAGGAGCCCAGGAGGAGAGCCCCUCGCAGGGCCAGAACCUACGCUGGGGCAGACUCUUCGGGUCCAGUGUGGGUUCCCCCGUGAGAGCAGAGGCAGCGGAGCAGAAAGCUAAAGUUCUGAAGAGCAGAGCGCCGUCAGGCUGGCUGGGUUUGGAUCGGUCCGUCCUUGACCUCGUGGCUCACGCCAUCGGAGCAAAUGGCGGGAGGAAGGAGGAGCCUCCUACUGCGCCUCCUCAGGGUCAAAGCACAGCUCCGACACAGACAACACACCCGGCGUCAGUCGUACAGCAGCCGGUCCAACAGUCCCCGUGUGAAGUCCAAGCGCUGUGCCACCACAUCGCCACCGAGCCGGGCCAGCUGAGCUUCAACAAGGGCGACAUCCUGCGGGUCCUGAGCAAGGCCGACCCCGACUGGCUGCUCUGCUCCCUGGGCUCCACCCAGGGCCUGGUCCCCAUCAUCUACGUCACCCUCAACAGCAUGGAGAGCAGCCAGGACACCAGGGAGUAGCCCCGCAACACGGAUUGACGGUUUCAGCUGCUGUGUAUCUACUGGAGACUGUAGGGAAACUCUUAUAAAGGUGUACAGACUCAUGCGAGGGAAGCAUGUCGGCUCACAUCCGCUUCAGACGUACAUUCAGACACGUAUGCAUGCAUACAUCCCAAAAACCAAAAGAUGGAACCCAAAGACUGGGGAACCGUGCGCCUCCCCGUCUGCCCGUCACCCACCGCAGCCGAACGAGGAGGAACCGGAGAGGAUGCUCACGCGCCGGGCCGAGCCACGCUCUGUCACGCCGUACCGCCUCUACCUUCACCGUGCUGUGCCACACGUCAGCGCCGGGCCCGCCGUAGCUUAGCUUAGUGCCGACUCAGCUUUUCACCAGUAGAAAACCUUCGAGGUCAGAGGUGGUUGAGAGGAAAAGUAAUUAAAAAAAAAAAAAAUAGUGAGCGUUCUGAUCUGUGCAGAGGCGUGACUUUGACAUAAUCGUUGA